AUGUCCCGCACCGUCUCCGACACCGCGUCGGCAAAGGUCGGGAUCGACGUGUCGGCCGAUGCGGUUCUCGAGGUCGCCGCGCGCCUGCGCGUCGAGGCGCUCAAAAAAAUCGGCGCCCCGACGCUGGAGGCGCUGCGCGCCGCCGACCGCUGCCUCGAGCGGAUCGCCGCUGUCGGACUGAGGAGGCCGCUGCUGAUCGAGACGAGCAGUCUGGGCGAUCGCGACAACGAGGUGAGGCUGACGGCAGAGGAGAUCCUCUUCCAGCAGGCCGACAUCGCGCAGCGGAGCGCCGACGCGUGCAUCACCCAGUCCAACUCUGCGCCCGCCGAGAUGCGCCAGCGGGACCGCGAGGCCGCCACAUUCUUCCUGAACCGCGCCGUGCGCAAGAUCAAGCUCGCGGGGGCAACCGAGCGCGACCCGGUGCUGCGAGACAUCCGCGCCCGGAUCGAGGCUCUCGAGGCGGCACCCCUGAGUGUCAUGUGUCCGCCGCCGCAGUAG